AUGUCUCCGUCCUCCAGCAAUGUUCCACAGACACCUGACAGAUCCGCCUCUACCAGCGCCCUGCUUGGCGCCUUCAGAACCCUCACCGGCGGCCGCAUCAAGAACCCAUCCACCCCCUCCACGUCCGCGACUCUCACGCCCGCACAGACCCCUUCGUUAAGGUCUGUGGAUCGGACGGCAUCAGCGGCCAGUGCUUCCCUUGGCCGCGGGAAGCUGGGGGUGGAUGACGGACUGUCGCAUUGCUCGGAGAGUCGCCAUGAGCUGGACAAGGAGAAGGAUGCUGCUGGAAAAGUCCUGGGCGGACCCGUCGAGCUGGCCUCGUUACUGGACCAGCUGGAUGCUGCCAAUCCAACCUACGACAGGAUACUCGCCAUCAAAAAGAUCUGUCCGAUAUUGAAGGAAUACCCCGUGGACAAUGUUUCUGCUCUCUGGUCUGCGGCAAGCGAUCUUCUCGAUCAAGAGGAUCCUCCAGAGGCGUCCAAGGCUGCCUACAGUCUUUUGAUGAGCUGCGUUGAGUUGCCAGACCUCAGUCCUAUGGAACGACACAUAUUCUUCAAGGCCAUCUCAAGCGGGAGUUCCCCCAAGAACUGCGACAUCCGCCUACAGGCAAUGCACGAACUGACCAUCGGUGGACGAAACGUCGAGGCAUUUGAGCCGUUCGUCGCACCUUUUGUAACCAAAACUCUUGAUGCGUGCUUCAAGCUUGCUCGCGAAGCUCGUAGAACGAGGAAACAAAAACGGGCAGGCCCGACACUAAAAGAAGACGAGACCCUAUCUCGAAUGUUCCAAUAUAUCGUGGACGUCACAAAGUUCAACUCAAAAGUCUUCAAAGAAGAGGACGUCGACCUCCUUCUGACCCAAACCAUGGCAAUCUGCAAGGAAACUACACAGGAAAGCGACAUUGACCAAGCCAUUCGAAUAUUUGACACGUUAAUCACCUACACUCACAUCCCAAUCCAGUCCUUGAAGCCCUGCUUAGAGGUGCUUUGUGAUGUCCAUCGACAACUGACCAAUCUCCAAGAUCCAACGUGGAGCUCUUUGAGCAAUUUAUUCAAGUCGCACGUCGGACAAGCUUCGGUAUCAGCGUUGUUGGGAAUUCUUCGUGAUGCUCCUAAUCCUAUGGGUCGCAAAAGAAACAUUCCUCGCGGCGUGGUGCAUGUACUCCAGAAGCUCCUACUCUUCAAUGGAGCGGAUAGCCUCCCUAAGGUACCCGUCUCACUGCUUCUCUCCUCUUUAAAAGUGUCUCUCACCGUCGACUAUCAAAAGCAUGACGCAGACGUAGUCGGGCUGAUUGCCACCAUCGUCACUGAUCGUACUCUCACCCAGCUUCUACUCAGGGAGACCGACUGGAGCGAUCUGGUCUCUAUAGUGGACACAUGCGCGCAUCGAGAAGAGAUGGAGCCCGGGCCUGCGUCAAGUUCGACAAUCGGAGCGGUAUCAAACGUGGACUCGUCUCUUGAAACCGGAGUACAAUCAACUGAAGACUCUAGGACAUACGACGAUCUAUCGAAGAUUCUGACCAGCCUAGACAGUUUAUGCGAGGAGACUGACUUCGUGCAGAAGGCAUCAAUAAUGGAGCUGUUCAUGCGCCUAGCGCAUCGCAUUAGCAACCCUGCCGCCGAAGGUCUCGUCAAGUAUUACGCAGAAGAGAGGCUUCUUCAUCCUUCGAACGAUACCUGGCUUGAGGCUUGUCGGACCCUGCUAGCAAAAGCCUUCAAAGACCAAAAGCGGCCUCGAGCUCUUCGCCUCCUCAUAGUCCAAACACUGCGAGACACCUACAACACCGUGGAAGGUAUUUGUACGGGAGUGGAGAUCUCUCAAUGCGCUGAAAUGAUCUUGGAAAAUAUCGCCGAUGAGAAAGACGUUGCCGUACUCCAUGAGCUAGUGGAUUUUGCGGUCAACGUGGCCGACCGAGCAUCCCACGAGGUCUUCGAAGAUGUGGUGGGGCUUCUGAAGGCACCACUAGAACAACAGGCAGCACAAUCGCCAAAUACACAUUCCAGCUCAGCUACGAAAUGUCGAGUCCUGUAUGACACUUUGCUGCUUGUCGCAGGAUCUGAGUCUUGCGAGACCGAUGCACGAAUCACUGCGCUUAAACUUCUCUUCCGCCUACGCAGUGACUCUAAUUACGCUAUGAUCGUAAACCCUUCAUCAGAAGGCGAGAGCAUUGCCGCCGUACUCUGUCGUACUGCGGAAACGGCAGUGCACCAGGAGAGGAUAGAUGAUCACGUGCCGGUCGAUACUUCAAAACCGGAAGAACAUAUAUCUUGGCGAGACAAGAAAGACUUGAACAGCAGUCCCCACUCUUCGCUCACAAGAAACUCGACUCGUCCUGCAAAUCUCACAGGUCGAAUCUCGCGUCCAGUCCCACCACUGUGGAUGUAUCCGGGGCCAAGAGGUCUUCCUGAGGAACCGUCGCGAAAGGCUAGUCGGUAUACGUUUUCGUAUGUCGAACCUGCAGAUGACCAAGAGACAAAUCCUCGCUCCGAGCUCAAGAUCGCACUGUGGCUUGAACUGCUUAUAUCACUGCUACAAAAAGCACCCGACUGGGAACUGUACAGCUAUAUCCUGGUUCAUCUGGGGCCUCAGCUUUCAAAUCAGUCCCUCUUCCGAAACGCAGUCCCGCAGCUGAAGAUGCUGAGAAGCGUGCUUUGCGAACAGAUCCGGGCGACUACAUUCCACGAGCCACCAAACUACACACUGCUUAAGAAGGCUGAUGUUGCUGUGUGCCUCUUUCAUGUACUCACGAUCCUCAUCAGUUACCAUUCUCAUUACGAAAAGAGCGAGGAAGAUGAGCUAGUGAGAACAUUUCUGCAUGGCAUUGGAUCGUGGGAAAGGACUUCAAAGUGGUGCAUCCAUGCAUUAACUGUCUGCUGUCAUGAGCUACCACUUUCUGUCACCAAGUCACUUGACACUAUUGUCGUAAAGAUGUCUCAAAUUAUCACUCAAGCUCAGGUUGCAAUCCAUAUUCUCGAGUUCCUCACGUCCUUGGCUCGAAUGCCUGAGCUCCACAAACAUUUCAGAGAAGACGACUAUAGGACAAUUUUUGGUGUUAGCUUUCGCUAUUUGCAAUACGUCAGGCACAAAAAUGAGGACAUGGUCGUCUCGAGUUCUUCACCGAGUGGCCAAAAGGCUCUUCGACACAGCGGCGCCUCUCGCGAUUUUUCUCACUCCUCCAACCCAAAAGCCGUAACGAACAAGUCCACUACUGAUGACCUUCCACAGUACGUGUACGCAUUAGCUUUCCAUGUCAUAACUUUCUGGUUCAUGGCUUUGAAACUGCCGGAGAGACAUCAGCAGAUAAAGUGGAUUACUCAAAACCUAGUCUACCAAAACAAAGCUGGACAAAAUAUCAUCGAAGAGCAAAGCCAAGUCAUCAUAGAUUUGAUGCAAAUGGUGGCAUAUUCGGACCGCGAUGAAACCACCCCAAAUCCAGACUUCGCAAAACCCUCAGAUGGGGACGUCUUGAAGAAGACAUGGCUUGUAGGACACAGCUUGCUAACACUGGAGACAACUGGGAGGACUGGCGUAACCCAGAUGACGAGUAGGAGACCGUGCGGUACUCGUUAUACUAGUAUCCGUCCUCUUGUCACACAACUUCCUCAACACCAUAUCCCAAUAGCCUCCGGCGAGACCUCGGAAGCUUUCUUGGAGUCGUCCUAUCCGAGCAUUCUUCCAGAUGAUAUCUAUCAAAGCUACUUCGGACCACUGAAUUUCCCUUCUGCUCUCGGUGUGCUCCCCGAACCGCCAACAUGUCUACCAGAGGACGAUAUGAGUCGACGGGCCAUUGCAACUUUUGACCGCAGCCCCACAGUCGAUGGCCACAAAAUUGGUGUCAUCUAUAUCGGCGAAGGGCAGACUGACGAGCGGGAAAUUUUACUCAAUGUCAUGGGAUCCUCUGACUAUACUGCCUUUCUCGGCGAUCUCGGAACGCUAAUGCGUCUCAAAGGUGCCAAAUUCAACACUGGCGGUCUCGAUACUCGUUACGACAGCGACGGCGAAUUUACUAUUGCGUGGCGCGACCGCGUUAUGGAAAUAUGUUAUCACAUCACCACAAUGAUGCCUACGAAUCUUGAAGGCCAUGAAACUUACGCAAACAAAAAGCGACAUAUCGGGAACGACUUUGUCAAUAUCAUCUUCAACGACUCUGGCCUUCCGUACGACUUCAACACUUUCCCUUCCGCUUUCAAUUACGUCCAAGUCGUCCCGAAGCCCGGCUUCCCCGAAAUAUCCCCAGCAGCCGAAAGCAAGAUGAUCAGCGGCAAACACCUUGCUGCCUAUUGCCGCCUUAUCGCAAUCAACGCCAGCGUGUUCUCGCAAGUCUGGUUCGAGCGUGAGGGCGGCGAGUCUGUAUCCUCAUGGCGGCAUCGACUACGCCAGAUUGUAAGGCUGCGCGAGCGAUAUAUACCUAAGCCUGUGCCCCAGAAGAAUGAUGAUUCUCCGUCUUCGCCCUCUAGCGAGUUGAACCGUUUCUCGAGCCCACCUGCACCGAGUUCGAGAGGCAGUAAUAUGUCUAUGAGGGAGAGCAAGGUCACUGUCAAGCGGUCUAGCAACUUCACUCAUGUUAGUGAGGGUACGAGCAGGAGUAGUAUGGCGAGUGGUGCUGCCGAUAUGGAGCGGCAGGGCUCAGGCACGUGA